AUGGUCUGCUCUCUGUCUUCAGGUCAUCACGCGAAGGAAUAUGCGCGUGACGGGCAGUACAAAUGUGAGCCCAAAAUCUGCAGCCCCUUGGAAGAGCAGCAUUUCACUCGGAAGGAAUCGCUGGUGGCGAUGAGCUCAGAGAGUCGCAGCCGUCGCAUACGUGUCCCCCGCAACGACAGACGGACGCCGACGCAGCGCCAGGCUCCCAUUCUCCAUGUACUCCAAAACGACGUGAAGAUGACCGUCGUUGCCGUCGAUCGAGCAAAGAUACUUGACGAUGUUCGGGUGGUCGAGCUUGCUCAGAAGCUCAAUCUCGGUGUGUACAGCCUUGAGGUCAGUUCCCUCGAGACUGUCGCGCCCGAACUUCUUUAUCGCGACGAAUGCUCCCGUCUUCCGCUGCCAAGCCUGGUGAACUACCGCACUGCUGCCGCGUCCAAUGACUUCACCCAUUACAUAUUCACCGAACUCCAUUCGUUUCCAAGUGCCGUCGCCGAAUUUUCGGCUCUCGCAGCUCGACUCCAAGCGUUUGUAGGCGGACGACCAGCAGCGGGCGACUCUGAGUAA